AUGCCUACAAUAUUGUCCGACGACGACAAGCAGGUGGUCAAGCGGACCGUGCCGAAGGGCUCCAACAAGAUCCAUGCCGUCGCUGUCGCAAAGCUCUACAUCGCAUACCCCAACCGCCACAAAUGGACCUAUACCGGCUUGCAGGGCGCCGCCGUGCUCGCCAACGACCUUGUGGGGAAUACCUUCUGGAUCAAGCUGGUUGACAUCUCGCCCUUGAACCGCGGCGUGAUUUGGGAUCAGGAGAUCUACGACACGUUCCAGUACAACCAAGACCGCACCUUCUUCCACACCUUCGAGCUCGAGCAAUGUCUUGCCGGUCUGUCAUUCGCCGACGAGAAGGAGGCGAGGCAGUUCAGGAAGAAGAUAGACGAGCGGGAGAAGAACGCGCACAAGAACACCAGGAACAAGCCUUUCGGCAUGGCGGCUGGAACCUCCAAUGGCGCGUCUACGAACGGUGGUGGCCACUCGCAUGGGAUCCUGGGCAGCCUCUUUGGUAGGCACUCGUCGAACCAGCAUCAGGAGCAGCAUUCGAUCAUUCCUCCCAAGAAACCGUCCUCCCCUGCAAGCCCGCCACCGAACCGAAACGGCAAGAGCUCGACUAUCGAUACCGCAGACCCGGCGAUGCAGCCGGUGCUUCAGGAACUCCUGCAGAUGGGUAUCACGGCCGACCAGAUUGAAGAAAAUGCCGAUUUCAUCAAGAUGUACAUUGAGCAGAAGAAAGCCAGCGAGGCUACCGCCAAUGAAUCCAAAUUGAGGGCGCCGCCGCCACCGCCUGGCGCACCCCCGGCGGCGAACAAGCUCAGUCCCCAAAACACAGGCAGCACCUCGACAUCUCGACGUGGGCCACCUCCGGCACCACCGCCAGCGCGUAGAAAGGGUGGCGCAGCUCCGGCUCAGCCAGCAUCACCUGGUCGAGAGCCAUCACCGCCAACCCAGCCAAGAUUCAGAGCGCCGCCCCCGCUUGCUGAUGCAGGCAAGUUUGCGAACCAGGCUCCUCCUCCACCGGCAAGAGCACGCGCCUCCUCGAAUGUCGCAAAUGCGGCUCCCCCGCCGCCGCCGAGAAAGGCAGAGGAAGACUCGGGCCCCAAGUUCGGAGUACCACCCCCGUUCAGUGGCCAGCGUGCUGUAUCCAGUCCAGCUCCGCCUCCUCCCCCGGCUCGUGGCCCUGUGCCUCCACCUCCGCCUGCACGCGAGACCUCUCCCGCUGCGCCGCCGCCUCCACCGCCUGCACGGGCUGUGCCCACUCCAGCCGCUCCUCCGCCGCCGCUUCCACCCAAAGUUCCGGCAGCUCCACCGUCACCAGCUGCCCUUCCUCCGCCCCCACCACCACCACCUGCUCCAUCUGGGCCACCUGCUCCUCCCCCGCCUCCUCCAUCCGCUUCACGUCCGGUUCCCGUUCCUCCGUCAGCAAGCCCCGCACCACCAGCUCCUCCACCACCUCCUCCGCCUGCUCCGACCGGUGGCGCACCCCCGCCGCCACCGCUCCCUCCAACUGGAUCUCCGGCCGCUGCUCCUCCGCCGCCACCUCCUCCGCCACCCGCUCCAAGCGGCGGAGCUCCUCCCCCACCUCCCCCGCCGCCACCGCCUCCGAGUGGAGGCGCUCCUCCGCCCCCUCCGCCCCCUCCGCCAGGAGGAGCCGGUGGUCCUCCCGCGCCACCACCACCGCCUCCCGGAGGCGCACCCGCGCCCAAGAUGCCCGCGCCAGCCGGCGGCGGCGGCAGAGACGAUCUUUUGGCCAGUAUCCGCGGUGGAGCCAGGCUCAAAAAGGUUUCGGACACGGAGAAGAAAGACCGCAGUGCGGCGGCGGUGCCUGGCAGCAGCUCCUCACCUCCCCCGACUGCCGGAGGUGGCAGUGGUGGGGGUGACGGUGGCGGAUUGGCGAAUGCAUUGGCUAGUGCUCUUGCGGCGAGGAAGAGCAAGGUCAGCCACAGUGACGAUGAGGAUGAUGACGACUGGUGA